UUAAAAGCCUACUAGGCAAGUCUUAAUUAGUAUUAGGCUUCUAAAUAAAUAAAUUUGGUUGGGCUUCUAAAAUAAGUUGGGCAGGAGACAGCUUAUUAUAGAAGCCAGCAAAAGAAUUGGCCCUAAAACAGAUGAGUAUGGCAGCACGCUAUGAUUUUCAAGCACACCCAACAAAAAUAAAACUACACAGCUAGUUAUGUCCAACAACUGAUGAACCCAGACAAAUCAAAUCAAGAUCACAUUGCACUCUUGCGGUUAGCAUUGCAUGUUCUAGAGCUCAUGGCCGUGUCCCUUGCCAACCUGUCAGGAUAAACUGCAUUGUCCUCUUUACUUUCUCCCUCGCCCCUAUAAAUCCAUCAGAUUAGCACCACCACCACCACAUCAGUUCAUUCAGAAACCAAAGCAGCAUUACUACACCUAGCCAAUAAAGAAAUACAAGGAGGAGCAAGACAAGCAUGGUUAGUGCCAAGAGACUUGCUCAGAUGGCCAAGAAGUGGCAGAGGAUGGCAGCCAUGGGGAGGAAGAGCCUCACCCUGACCACGACAGCGGCGAAAGGAGCAGCCAAUGAUGAGCGCUGUGCAACUUCGCCGUCGGUGGCAGUGAAGGGCCACUGUGUGGUGUACACCGCCGACAGUGUGCGGUUUGAGGUGCCGCUGGCAUUCCUCGGCACGGUGGUCUUCUGCGAGCUCCUGGCGAUGUCCCAGGAGGAGUUCGGCUUUGCAGGUGGCGAUGACGGGAGGAUCAUGCUGCCCUGUGAUGGCACGGUCAUGGAGUACGCCCUGUGCUUGCUCCGGAGAGAUGCCUCCACGGAAGUUGUGAUGGCAUUCAUGAGCUCAAUCGGGAGGCCGUGCAGGUUUGAAGGCAGUGUGGUGGGCGUAGGGCUUUUAACCAGCAAGUAGCAGUUUGUUAGCUUCUGAAGAAUGGCAUGCAACUGUAGAGGAUCUAGAUUUAGCCCUGCUCUGUUAAUUGCAUGAUAUGAAUAUAAUUAGCAAGUUGUAGAUUGGACAAGGAAAUUUAUGAAGAUUACCUUGCAUUUUUCAACAUGGUGAACUUUUGUAACUCCAAUAAAGAAAACGUUGGGUGUAUGUGUAUAUAUAUCAAAGUUUUAAAUAGCCGGCUAUAGCCCUGGUAUAGCACUUUGAGCAGGGCACUGCUAAACGAAAG